CUUGUUCUCAAAUUCGUAAAAAUGGUGAAGAAACGUGUGCCGGAUUGGCUCAACAGCUCUCUUUGGUCCUCCCCUACCUCCGCCGACGACGAUCGCCUCCACCGCUACUCUUCCGAACCCGCCGCCACCACGUCAUCGCCGGAACCCGUCGUCGAACCUCCCGCUCCGAUUCCUCCGCCUUCUGCGACCACCGCUGUUAGAACCGAGUCUCCAAAGGCCGAUUCUAGAGACUCCAGGGCUAAUAACAAUGUCGGCAACGACGAUAAUGGCGCUUCCUCGGGCCCUUCUGCAGAGGAUGUAUCUCGCCAGGCACAGCUCCUCGUUGAGUUGUCGAAGAAGGUUAUAAAUCUGCGUGAAUUGCGUAAAAUUGCAUCUCAGGGCAUACCAGACGGUGCAGGAAUUCGUUCAACCGUAUGGAAGCUCCUAUUGGGUUAUCUGCCAUCAGAUCGUGGGCUCUGGACGUCUGAGUUAGCUAAAAAGAGGUCUCAAUACAAACAUUUUAAAGAAGAGCUUAUGAUGAAUCCUUCAGAAAUUUCAAGGAGGUUGGAGAAGGCCAAAAGUUAUGAGCAUGAUGAAACGAACAAAGGUUUACUCUCAAGGUCAGAAAUAAGUCAAGAGGAGCAUCCUUUAAGUCUUGGGAAGACCAGCAUCUGGAAUCAGUACUUCCAGGACACUGAGAUUAUAGAACAGAUUGACCGAGAUGUGAAACGUACUCAUCCAGAUAUGCACUUCUUCUCAGGAGACUCAUCAUUGGCAAAAUCUAAUCAGGAUGCUCUGAGAAACAUCUUAAUUAUAUUUGCAAAGCUGAAUCCGGGAAUAAGAUAUGUUCAGGGGAUGAACGAAAUUUUAGCUCCUCUAUACUAUGUAUUUAGAAGUGAUCCUGAUGAGGACUAUGCGGCAAAUGCUGAAGCAGACACGUUCUUUUGUUUUGUUGAGUUGUUGAGUGGAUUUAGGGAUCAUUUCUGCCAGCAAUUGGAUAAUAGUGUUGUGGGAAUCCGUUCCACAAUCACAAAGUUGUCUCAGCUUCUGAAAGAGCAUGAUGAAGAGCUCUGGCGUCACCUUGAGAUCACUACCAAAGUAAACCCCCAGUUUUAUGCAUUUAGGUGGAUCACUCUUCUCCUGACCCAGGAGUUCAAUUUUGCAGACAGUCUUCACAUUUGGGAUACAAUUUUGAGUGAUCCUGAGGGCCCACUAGAAACACUUCUCCGAAUAUGCUGCUCAAUGUUGAUUCUCAUUAGAAGACGCCUUCUUGCAGGCGAUUUUACGUCGAAUCUCAAACUGCUCCAACACUAUCCCCCAGCAAACAUCAGCCAUUUGCUCUACGUUGCGAACAAGUUGCGUAAACAACCCUCACUCUGAUUUCCUUUUCUAUGCUGUAGUUUGUCCCACUCUUCGAUUUCCUGUUUUAUCUGUCUGUUCUCUAAAAAGUUUCUUAGUGUUGGUGGUGAAUUAUUACUAGAUGUAAAUGUUGGUUGGAAAAAAUGACUGUUAGGGGCAGGAUAUAAAAGAUUGCUUCACUUCAUUAGAUGUUGACUUGUAGUUGUGUUUACAGGACAAUCAUGUAUCUUUUCUGAGAGAUUAGUGAGUGAUUUUUAUCAACAAAUUUCUCAUCCCUUUUGUAGUUA